AUGUGGCAUGACAGUGAGGAGGACGUGUUUGGUGACUAUGAAAACUGCCGAAAACUCUUUUUAGCUCAAGUUGAUCUGGAACAAAAAUACAUGCAAAUCUCUGAACAUACAGAAGAUACAACUGCCAUUGCCAUUGAAGAUCUCUUGUGUCCCCAGAGGUUUCCCGAGUCCUUGCGCGCCCCGGGGCCCCGCUCCGGAGAGGGGCCGCCGCCCGGUGUCACGGCGACGCGGCUGCCGCGGGCCCCGCGCCCCUCCCGGCGGCUCCCGGGCCUCCCGAGGGCGGCUGCAGAUGUCUCCUCCCGGGCCGUGGGCCACGGCGCUGGCCGGCUCUACCCGGAGCACAUCCCCACCUCCCCGCUGCAAAAGGCGCUGCUGGCUGCGGGCUCCGCGGGGAUGGCGCUCUCCGACCCGCACCGGCACGAUAUGGUGGCAGUUCUAGGAGAGACCACAGGACUGCGUGCUCUGAAAGCCCUCAGGGAUCAGAUGAAGAGGGACCCAGAAGGUGCCCAGAUCCUGCAGUAA